ACAUACACAGUGCUUGGUCUUCUAUUGAGAAUUAUACAGUUUCUCUGUAUAAAGGUCUAGCUCUUUAAGAUGCCUGGUGCCUAUACUACAUGGUCCAGUGCUCCUCAUCAUCCAAUACCACCUGAUGGUCUGAGGAGGGAGCAGGACUCUAUUACAAGAGGGGACUAUCUCACCAAUGCUGCACUUUCUGAGUCAAGAUCCUUUGAUGGAUCAAGGAAGACCUACCGCCUCAAGCCCCAGUGGCGUACCAGCAGAUCAGAUGAGUUAAGGUUUGAGAAAGAAACCUUUAAAAGAUGGCCCUUUGAACAACAAGGUGCCAGAGCCACCUAUUGUCUACAGUUCGAAGAAGUGCCAAAACAGAAACAAUACUGGAAAAAUUUUCAAUGGAGUCCUCAAAAACAAUUCAACACCCACUACACCCCAGAUCAGUACACCAGAUGUAGAUACACGUAUAACCCUGGUAUGAGGGUCGUCGAUGAUAAAACAUUCCCAACGAUCCCCCCUGUUAAUUACUAUGGCCGAAGUGAUGUCAUUAAUCAUGUGACUCCAACAAUGCCAAAUCGUAACAAUACUGGACGUAAUAUUGAAAUCGGUAAUUUGGACCAUGGCCCUGGAGUUAACACACAUGUGCCCUAUCCAGCAUAUGAUAUCCACAAACCUGUGAAGACUCUGAGAUUUGCAGAGUAUGCAUGAUCUAAAUGUGAUAUCUUAUAGUACAGUGUACAGUCAUAUGCUAUUCAUGAGUACUGGAACAGUAUUCUGAUAUAGGUUUUUUG